AUGAUUGGUGUUGGAUAUGCUGCUUUGAAAGAUACCGUUCAGUUUCUCUCUGGCACAUCGACAAGCACCAUAAAGCGGUAUGCGUUAGCAACCCCGGUCAGCACCGAUGCGGAUGGAAGCUUCCUCUCCAACAUUGUUUCCUCGAGCCCAUUAAGACGGUCCAGAAGGGAUGUAUCCCCAAGUUCGAAGCAACUGUAUUUCAACAUAACAGCUUUCGGAAGGGAUUUCCACCUCCGACUGCGGCCAAACACUCGACUGAUAGCUCCCGGGGCAGUGGUGGAGUGGCACGAAGAUUCGGUGGAAACUGGAAACGGCACUAACAGCGUUAAGUUGGGUCAGACUGGAGGUGUUGUGGACAGGAUAUGGAAAAAAGAAUCUCUUUGGACCGAUUGUGCUUAUGUGGGCGACCUCGUGGAUCUCCCAGGAACAUCAGUCGCUAUUAGCAACUGCGAUGGUCUGGCUGGAAUGAUUCGGACCGACGACGAUGAGUAUUUCAUUGAGCCGCUGGAGAAAGGGAAGCAGAUGGAAGAAGAAAGCGGGAGGGUUCAUGUUGUCUUUCGGAGGUCAGCGAUUGCUCAGAAUCCAACUGAUGUACUCCCCGACUUCCACAGUGAAGAAUCUGAUUUCGGAGGCCUACAGAAUCUGGAUUCCACUUACGCAAGCAUGGCAGAACAUCUCAAUGAGACGCUGAGGCAACGGAGGCAUGCUGGGGACGACGACUACAAUAUCGAAGUGCUUCUCGGGGUGGAUGACUCAGUUGUCCGGUUCCAUGGCAAAGAACACGUUCAGAACUACCUUCUCACCCUGAUGAAUAUUGUGAACGAAAUUUACCACGACGAAUCGUUGGGCGUCCACAUCAACGUGGUGCUGGUGCGCAUGAUGAUGCUAGGCUACGCCAAGUCCAUCAGCCUGAUCGAGCGAGGAAAUCCAUCCAGGAGCCUGGAGAACGUUUGCCGUUGGGCGUACCAGCAGCAGCGGGCCGACCUCAAGCAUUCUGAGCACCACGACCAUGCCAUCUUUCUCACCAGGCAAGAUUUUGGACCGGCUGGAAUGCAAGGUUAUGCUCCGGUUACCGGCAUGUGUCACCCGGUCAGAAGCUGCACCCUUAACCAUGAAGAUGGGUUUUCUUCAGCUUUUGUGGUCGCCCACGAAACUGGACAUGUGCUGGGAAUGGAACACGACGGGCAAGGGAACCGGUGCGGGGACGAGACAGCCAUGGGAAGCGUCAUGGCCCCGUUGGUGCAAGCAGCCUUCCACCGUUACCACUGGUCCCGCUGCAGUGGCCAGGAACUUAAGAGAUACCUGCACUCCUAUGACUGUCUCCUCGACGACCCCUUCGAACACGAUUGGCCCAAACUUCCAGAGCUGCCAGGCAUCAACUAUUCGAUGGACGAACAGUGCCGCUUCGACUUUGGAGCGGGCUACAAAAUGUGCACAGCGUUCCGAACCUUCGACCCUUGCAAGCAGCUGUGGUGCAGCCAUCCGGACAACCCCUAUUUCUGCAAGACCAAGAAGGGACCUCCGCUGGACGGGACGGAGUGCGCACCGAGCAAAUGGUGCUACAAAGGUCACUGCAUGUGGAAGAACACAAACCAAUUUCAACAAGAUGGCAACUGGGGUGCUUGGACGAAAUUCGGCUCCUGCUCACGGACGUGCGGGACCGGCGUCCGCUUCAGAACGCGACAGUGCAACAAUCCCAUGCCAGUGAACGGAGGUCAAGACUGCGCGGGCGUCAACUUUGAGUACCAGCUGUGCAACACGGACGAAUGCCCAAAACAUUACGAAGACUUCCGAGCCCAGCAGUGUCAACAGCGCAACUCGCAUUUCGAGUAUCAGAGCAGCAAACACCAUUGGCUGCCGUAUGAGCAUCCCGACGCCAGCAAGAGAUGCCAGCUGUACUGCCAAUCCAAGGAGACAGGAGAUGUUGCGUAUAUGAAACAACUGACCCAUGACGGAACCCGCUGCUCCUAUAAAGACCCCUUCAGCAUUUGUGUGCGCGGAGAAUGUGUGAAAGUGGGCUGCGACAAGGAAAUCGGGUCCAACAAAGCGGAAGACAAGUGUGGAGUGUGCGGAGGGGAUAAUUCUCACUGCCGGACGGUCAAAGGGACCUUCACGCGAACCCCAAAGAAGCCUGGGUACCUUAAGAUGUUUGACAUCCCGCCGGGUGCUAGACAUGUGUCUCUCCAAGAAGACGAGGCUUCCCCUCACAUUCUUGCCGUUAAGAACCAGGCAACGGGCCACUACAUUCUGAACAGCAAAGGGGAGGGAUCUGACUCCCGCACCUUCAUCGACAUGGGCAUCGAAUGGGAGUACCACGUAGAAGACGACAUCGAAACUCUUCACACUGAUGGCCCUCUGCAUGAUGCUGUUGUCGUCCUGAUCAUCCCUCAGGACAACGACACGCAGUCCAGCUUGACUUACAAAUACAUCAUCCACGAGGACUCGGUGCCCAACGUCAAUAGCAACAAUGUUCUGCAAGAGGAACUGGACUCCUUCGAGUGGGCUUUGAAGAUGUGGUCUCCGUGUUCCAAGCCUUGUGGAGGAGGUUUCCAAUACACCAAGUACGGGUGUCGCAGGAAGAGCGACAACAAAAUGGUCCACCGUAGCUUCUGUGAAGCCAGCAAAAAGCCCAAGCCCAUUCGCCGGAUGUGCAACCUUCAGGAAUGCACACAGCCGUUCUGGGUAUCGGAAGAGUGGGAGCACUGCACCAAAACCUGCGGGACCUCUGGUUAUCAGAUCCGAACCGUCCGCUGCAUCCAGCUGCUCCACGAUGGGGGGAACCGCUCGGUCCACUUCAAGUACUGCAGCGGGGAUCGACCGGAGAGCCGUAGGCCGUGCAACCGAUCCCCGUGCCCCGCCCAGUGGAAAACCUGGCCGUGGAGUCCAUGUUCGGUGACCUGCGGUGAAGGGACCGAAUCCAGGCAGGUUUUAUGCCGUGCCGGUGAGCAGUGUGAUGGAGAAAAGCCAGAAUCGAUACGGGUUUGCAAGCUCGCUCCCUGCAACGAUGAACCCUGCCAGGGAGACAAAUCGAUUUUCUGCCAGAUGGAGGUGCUGGCCCGCUACUGCUCCAUCCCGGGCUACAAAAAACUCUGCUGCGAAUCCUGCAGCAAGCACAGCAGCACCCUUCCUCCCCCUUUCCUUAGCGAAGCUGCCGAGACCGAAGAAGACAUGAUGGCCAACCCCAGGGAUGUACCCAAAACGUGGGACUCCCCCACUUCUUUAGUCCCUCCUCGCUCUGAGUCUGCGCUGGUGAGACGAGUCCCUUUAAGCCGAGUCUCCCCUGUGGAAGAAGAAGCGCACGCGCUCGUUCCUCCAUCCCACAGCAGGGCCCGAGCGGCUGACCGGCCCCCAAGGAGAGUUCGUGAUCAAGCAAGGAAUAAGACUUCUGGGGCCCUCACGAUGCCACACCAGCCUCCUACCAAGAGCGAGCGUCUUGCAAACCGCAGCUCCUCGGCCUUGCUAGAGACCGAUCCUGGCGCGGCGCCGAGGAGCCGUUCGGCAACUGCUGCCCCGAACCGAACCGCGAGGAAAUUGGAGAGGCAGGCUGACAGGCAGCAAGCUUUGAGGCCUUCUGCUGUGGAAAGAUGAGACAGAGAGCAAAUUAAAAGGGAGAGGAGGAAAGCAGAGACAUUGUUUCAUGUUCCUUUGUUCCGGGUACCCAGGGUACAUGCGAACUUUUCAAACGUAAGCUUUCUCGAUAGACUGAUUCCUUUUUAAAUUUUAUUUUAAGGAAAGUGCUGGAUUCACUUUCCAGUGGCUUUCGUGCUUCCCUCCUUCCUCCUCCUCCUCUCCCAAUAUCCGGCUAAUCCUUCGGUGCUUUGAAAUAAAGCACCAAAGAAAGGUUACACGAAACAAGUAGCCGAAUGGGUUCGGCUGCGGUUUCCGGUGCUCAGAAAUCUAUGUUGCACAUCGGCUGCUUUUUAAUUAUUAUUAUUAUUAUUAAUUUAAAAAAGAAAGAGGUUUAAUUUGAGACGGGAGCAGGGUGGGAAGCUGCCUAAUUUACCAAAGUUUACACUUCUUGGGGAUUUUUUUUUUUAACUGCAGAACAACAGAGUCCAUCGGAACUGUACUGAUAAUUUAUCUCGAUAAACCAGUGACACAUUGUAUGGUUGGAUUUGCAGCUUUCGUGUACAUAGUGUAUAUUAUCGAAACAAAAAAAAAAUCAGUAUUAUUUUUCAGAGUUCUUUGCAUCGCUCUGUUGUCUGUUUACAGGUGUGACAUUUCCAUGAUCACGCUUUGGUGCCUGCCGUUUAGUUCUGCCUUGUUUACAUUCCUUCUGACUGGGAUGC